ACGUGACUUGAGGAAACCGGUGUUGGGCUGUGUGCAUGUUCACGUUGCUCCAUUGAAAUUUCGAUUAAACGGAAGCUGAAUGAUUUUCUGUGUCGACAGUCGCCGACUACAGAGCUUUUUGUAGGACAGUACUCGCAGCAUUUUCCAGGAAAUCAUCCGCCUAUUGCACUGAAAGGUUUGGAAAUGUGCACCCAGACAAGAGCUGCGGCGCUGAUGGCCAACAUCCCGCAGGCGGACAUCGACCCGACUGGCGUUUUUAAGUAUGUGCUCAUACGAGUGCACAGUAAAGAGGAGGGGGACGACUCCGAGGUGGACAUUGUCCGAGGAUACGCCUGGGCAGAGUAUCACGCUGAUAUCUAUGACAAGGUGGCAGAGGAGCUGGAGAAGGGCGGCCACCUCGACUGUGAGUGUGUCGGGGGAGGGAGGAUCAGGCAUGAGCCGCAGGCCAAGAAGAUCCACGUGUAUGGCUACUCCAUGGGAUUCGGAAGAGCGAACCAUGCGGUGACUACAGAGAAACUGAAGGCCCGAUAUCCAGACUACGAGGUGACCUGGGAUAAUGAAGGGUACUGAUCUGCACUACAACCAGCUUGGACUCAACGCCCUUCCUCCUGGACUUUUACUGCCAUAGUAGUUCUCGUUUAUCCGUAGAGCAACAGGCAGAGCGUAACAAAAUACUCACGUAGACUCUGAUGCAACUGAUAACCAGGCCCAUAAAGAAGCUUUUUGGACUAUUGAUCAGAACACACUGACACACAUUGACACAACUAAUAUGCUUGUUUUGUGUUAAUUUUGAUUAAAAUAAUUUCAAGUUUUUCAAAUGUUUUUGUUCCAUUUAGACCAAAAACAAAUGUUCACCAUGGUGAAAUGUGGAUUUCAGUAUUAUGACAUUUUUAGUAGAAAUAUCAGCAAACAUGUUGACUAAUAAAAGAAAGGAGCUGAAGUUCAGUUCCAGACAAACAUGCA